AAAGCACCAGAGGGCCCUUAAUGCAUAAACAAUGAUAUGAAAAAUUGGCAAUCAAAUGUAUAGUUAUCUUAGAGGAGCUGAGAUGUUGAUUACAAAGAACCCGUGAAAUUGAUAUAUCACCAUGCUUAAAACCUACCCAACGAGAGCUAUUCCUUUGGUCUAGAAACGCCACUACAUCUGUGCACUCUGCGCUGGGGCUUCCAAGUUCACCAACCUUUCAAGAAACUAGUUGGAUCCUAGAAAAUCAAUAGAAAUUUCGACAUGCCACCUGAUGUAACCGAAGCGCGUCAGAAGCAUGUCAAAUCAAGUCAAUGGCUUAUACUCAUCGGACACCGACUCGUCCAAAUUUCUUUAGGCUCGCAUCCACUUUGAACUAACCAAAACUCUAUCAAAUUGAUUUCUCAAUCUCAAACACAAACCUUGGCUUAGGCAUCAUAGUGUAGUCAAUCACAUAGUGCUUUCUUUUGUAGAAGUCCAAGCACACUUGCACGUAUCUUCUUUUACUCAUUUAAAAUUUGAUUCCCAUAGUGACAGUAAACAUAGAAAAUCAUAGCAAAUUUCUACGUCAAAAAUGUAAUGAACCGAACAAAAUAACAAAAAAUGAUCUAUAUAUUCCACUUAUUUUUUAUUAAAAAUAAACUAUAACUUAUUCUCAUUUUAUCCAGAUAGAGAGAAAGAGGAAAGACAUUGACAAAGAAUCAUUCUUUUCUCUUUUACUUCCCUUCACAACUAACAUUUAUCUUUCAUCUAUAUAUACUUUUAAGAUUUUGCAGCUAUCCUAUGAUUAUAAAGACUCACCAAUGGCAAUGUAGUGCGUGUGUGUGUGAGAGAGAGACCACACCAGCUAAAUUAUGCAAUAAAGUUGAACAAGCAUAAAAUAGAAUCAGCACAAACCUGUCCUCUUGCUGCCUCCACUUGCAUUGAUGCAGUGUUUCCCCUGGAGGCCCCCAUCAAAGUUUCUUUUAUAUAUGAUUGUCUCCCACCUUCCAAUAUCAAAAUCAACUCUCAGCUUCUUUUUUUCUUUUACUUCCACUAUAAUUAAGGUAUAUGGUAUACAGUGUACUUACAUAGCCAUCUAUUUGUGCAGUAAUCGAAUGAAGGCUAAAUACGAAUGCGAUACUGCACACGGAGAGAGUAACAAGAACCAAUUUGUUUGAGGUUCACUAUAAAACUCCUCCUCCCAUCUCUCUCUAAUCUUCAUUCUCAAACAUAAUAUAGAACUAAAAAGCCUAAGUAUCUGAUUGUCUCAGUUUGUGUGUAUGUGAGAGGGAGAGGGGGGAGAGAUCAUCUUCAAUGGGAAAUUACAGGUUUAGAUUAUCAGAUAUGAUGCCAAAUGCCUGGUUUUACAAGCUCAAAGACAUGAGCAAAACCAGAAACCAUAACACGAUUAACAAAAAGCACCCUUCACCAACGAAAACAGCCCAAAAGCCACAUUUUUCACAACCAAGAAAAUCCUACUACUACACCACAGAAUCCAUCAGAGUCGAAAAACUCUAUACUUCACCAAAGAAUCCAAGACCCUUUGAUCCACCAAGGAAGUCAUCAACGAAAAGAACAAAGAGGAAGACUGUGUACAAGCCUUCUCCAAGACAAAUUAGCCCUUCCGUUUGCAACCAUGAAGAGUCAAUGAACUCAGUCAGGCAUAAGGUCGAACAGUUUCAGGACUAUUUUGAGUGCUCAACUGUCAGUUCCACUGACAAGGAUUUCCUUAAAUCUCCCACAUCUGAAUUUGGUUCUGACACCCUUGAUGCUCCUCCAUCGGUAAAUGGGCUUGCAUCGUGGUCGAGUUCCUGCGGUUGUACUUUCAAUUCUUCGGGUAACGAUAUCGUCAUGGACAUGGAUGAAAAGAUGUCCGCAUUGGAUAUUGAAGAAACGGAUGAAUUAUUCAACAUUAUAUCAGAGCCAAAACUUCCCCCAAUUCUCACAAAACCCACAAAAUUCAACACCAUCACCAUGCAGCCAUUUCCAGAACAAGAUCCUUCCCAGAUCAGAAAUUCUCCUUCGCUCUCCGAUGAAAUCGAAGCUCGUUGUCUUCAGAAACAAACUCCCACAACCCGAAAAUCUACAUCCCGUUCACCACGAGUGAAGAUCCGCGGCGCUUCACCAAGACUAGCAAGCAAGAAAAUCCAAGGGAACCGAAAGAGCGUCUUAAUUAGCAGACGAUCUAAGGCACAACAGAAGAAAAAUGAAUUAUACACAGAGAGUGUUGCAAUUGUGAAGGCGUCAUUUGAUCCUGAAAAAGAUUUCAGGGAAUCUAUGAUGGAAAUGAUAGUGGAAAACAAUAUCCGGGCAUCCAAGGAUUUGGAAAAUCUUCUAGCCUGUUAUCUUUCAUUGAAUCCAGAUGAAUAUCACGAUCUUAUUAUCAAGGCGUUUGAGCAAAUCUGGUUCAACAUCGCUGAAGUUCAGUCAUAAAAUUUUCAGUUUUAUCUGUUCAUGUAAUUCUAUAUUGUAAUUAUCCGUAAGGAGAUAAUAAGAUCUUCCCUAUGCAGUAUUAAAUAUGACUGCUUUGUAAUAUAAUUUUAGCUUCAUUUUCU